GAUCCAAAAAUGUAUGUACAGACCGUGUUGGAUGUCCAUAAGAAAUACAAUGCUUUAGUCAUGUCCGCGUUCAACAACGAUGCUGGCUUUGUGGCUGCCCUAGACAAAGCUUGUGGUCGAUUUAUAAAUAAUAAUGCAGUGACAAAAAUGGCUCAGUCAUCCAGUAAAUCCCCAGAGCUCCUGGCACGAUACUGUGACUCUUUACUAAAGAAAAGCUCAAAGAAUCCAGAAGAAGCAGAAUUGGAAGAUACACUCAACCAAGUGAUGGUUGUCUUCAAGUACAUCGAGGACAAAGAUGUCUUUCAAAAAUUCUAUGCGAAAAUGCUGGCGAAGAGACUUGUACACCAGAACAGUGCUAGUGAUGAUGCCGAGGCAAGCAUGAUCUCUAAACUGAAACAAGCGUGUGGGUUCGAGUACACCUCCAAGCUGCAGCGGAUGUUCCAAGACAUUGGGGUGAGCAAGGACUUGAAUGAGCAGUUUAAAAAGCACCUGACCAACUCGGAACCCUUAGAUUUGGAUUUCAGCAUCCAAGUGCUGAGUUCCGGCUCGUGGCCGUUCCAGCAGUCCUGCACAUUCGCUCUGCCGUCUGAGCUAGAACGGAGCUACCAGAGAUUUACUGCCUUUUAUGCCAGCCGGCACAGCGGGAGAAAACUAACGUGGUUGUAUCAGCUCUCCAAAGGGGAGCUGGUGACCAACUGUUUCAAGAACAGGUACACCUUGCAGGCCUCCACGUUCCAGAUGGCGAUUUUACUGCAGUACAACACGGAAGAUGCCUACACUGUGCAGCAGCUGACAGACAGCACCCAAAUAAAAAUGGAUAUCUUGGCACAAGUUCUACAGAUACUCCUGAAAUCAAAAUUGCUUGUGUUGGAAGAUGAAAACGCCAACGUUGAUGAGGUGGAGUUAAAACCGGAUACCUUAAUAAAACUCUAUCUGGGCUAUAAAAACAAAAAGCUAAGGGUGAACAUCAACGUGCCGAUGAAGACCGAGCAGAAGCAGGAGCAAGAAACCACACACAAAAAUAUAGAGGAAGAUAGGAAACUGCUGAUCCAG